AUGGAAAGUUCAAGUCUUGUCAAGGCAGCAGUCACUGUAUCGGCUUUAUCAGCUUGUGCUCUCAUGACUUGUCAUGUGGUUAAGUUGGUUCAGUCAUUCGAAACAACAAGAGACAUUCGAGAUUACAUUUCUGGUCUUCUGAGAUCUUAUUUAUCUCAUAUGACUAUAUUUAUAUGCAGAUUAUCUAGUCUCCAACGGGACAUGGUUUUUGAAGAUGUCUGGUGGAGACCAAAAAAGUCGAGGACAUUUCGCAUCGCCUGUGAAGACAACGAAACCAACUAUACUUUGGUUCCAGCUAACGACAGCAAAAGGAACUAUACUGUGGUUCCAGCUAUCGAUGAGGUAUUCACCGAUACUUUCCAAGGAGUCGAGAUCCGAUGGAUUCUCCGCAACCGCCAAAUUUAUAGUAACAGUGGACCCAUCCUACUCACUUACUAUGAUCUUACCUUCCCCAAAAAAGCCGAGGACUUGUCUCCCAAAGUAGCUGCUUCUAACAGGGAAAGGAUGAAGACACCACGCAAGCUUUUUCUCGAUGUAACAGGGACAUGGAGAUCUGUUACUCUCAAAUGUCCCUCAUAUAUUCAUACCCUUGCACUAGAUCCUCAAGUUAGGAGGGACAUCACAGAUGACUUGCCUCGAGCGAUGGUGCCUACCACGUCUUGCAACAACCCCUGCAAAACUUAUAAGAGAGGUUAUCUGGUGUAUGGUCCAACUAGGACAAGGAAAACAAGUGUAAUUGCUGCCAUGGGAGAGUAUCUUAAACUUGAUGUCUAUAAUCUAGACCUGACUCAACUUAGCCGCAAUUCUCAGCUUUAG